AUGAAUGUGACCAAAAGAGUCAAGUUUGAGAAGGAAGCAAAUGAAGAUAAAGGUUCCACAAGCCAGGCAAUGGCCAAAGAAGACCCUCAAGACAUAACAGAAAUAGCUCUAACUUUAGCCAAGGAUGCCAUCACUGCUGCUGUCAAGUCUGUAGAAGAAGCUGAAAACCCCGUCAGAAAUAUCGACUGGAUCACCCACGGUGAAUUCACAGAAGAAAAGGGCCGUAAGCAAGUUGAGGAGUUUGUUUCGAAUUGGGAGUAUCAAGGCCACUGGGAGCACUACACAGAGUUUUUAAGGAAGGAAGAUGUGCUUCACAGCUUCUACUACAUCUACUGUGUACGUUGGAGCAUCCCAACUGCUCGGAGACCCAUAGCCCAAAGCACUGCCAGUGUGUACUUCACCAUCAAGGUCAACAAAAACAAACCUCCGGACACACCCAUUGACGUCUCUUAUGUCUUUGAGGGCCAUUCAUUAGUUCACAGACCAGGAAUGAUUCGCUUUCGAGAAAAGUGGCUAAGGGACAUUAUUGAGGCCAAAUAUGUCUUAAUAAAUCCAAAUAUCUUCCAAUUCAACAGUAUUGGAGUCUUCCAGAAUAUUUUAGGAGAUUUCUAA